AUGUCUUUUACUUUCAACAUAAUUGAUAUCUUAAUGGCGUCUCCUUUGGAUGAAAAAAGGCGGGAAUACUGCUCAUUCAAUAUGGCGGCUCCUCCUUCUUUGGGACACAAGGCCAACAUGGCGGCAGGAGAAGUUGGUGCCAAUAUAGGGGGCCACUGUCCCCCGAAGGUGUCUGUUGCAUUCACUGUCUAUUCCUCAUCUGCAAGGAACCAGUUCAGCAUUCAGUGUCUCUUCCGCAUAUCUAAGGAACCCGUCCAGCAUCCACAGUCUCUUCCCCCUCUGCGAAAAAACCCGUCCAGCAUUCACGGUCACUUCUCCCUCAGUGAUGAAACCGUUCAGCAUUCAUUGUCCCUUCCCCCUCGGUGCGGAAACCGUUCAGCAUACAUUGUCCCUUCCCCCUCUGCAAGGAACGCAUCCAGGAUUCACUGCCUCUUCCCAAUCUCUAAGGAACCAGUCCAGCAUUCACUGUUUUUUCCCCUCUGCAAGGAAACCAUCCAGCAUUCACUGACAAUUCCUCAACUAUUUCAAUGUCUCUGCUCCCUUUGUGACGAAGCCGUCCAGCAUUCACUAUCUCUUCGCUGCUUGCAAGAAAACCGUCCAGCAUUCAAUGUCUCUCUUCCUCUGAACCCGUCCACCAUUCACUGUCUCUUCCCCUUCUGUGAGGAACCUGUCCAACAUUCACUGUCUCUUCCUCGUCCAGUAUCCACUGUCCCUUCCACCUCGGUAAGGAACCCAUCGAGCAUUCACUGUCACUUCCACCUCUGUGACGAACCCGUCCAGCAUUCACUGUCUCUUACUCCUCUGAACCCGUCAACCAUUCACUGUCACUUCCCCAUCUGUAAGGAACCCGUCCACCAUUCACUGUCUCUCCACUCUGUGAGAAAACUGUCCACCAUUCACUGUCUCUUCCACUUCUGUGAGGAACCAGUCCAACAUUCACUGUCUCUUCCCCUUCUCAAGGAACACGUUCCUCAUUCACUGUCACUUCCCACUCUGCAAGGAACCCGUCCACCAUUCACCGUCUCUUCCCCCUCUGAGAUUUCCCGUCCAGCAUACACUGUCCCUUCCCCUUCUGUGAGGAACCCGUCCAGCAUUCACUGUCUCUUCCCCCUCUGCAAUGAACCCGUCCACCAUUCACUGUAUUAUCACCAUCUGUGUGAUUUCCCGUCCAGCAUUCAUUGUCCCUUGCCCCUCUGCAGUGAACCCGUCCGCCAUUCACUUCUCUUCCCCCGCUCUGAGGAACCCGUCCAGCAUUCAUGUCACUUUCCCCUCCGUAAGGAACCCAUCCAGCAUUCACUGUCUCUUCCUCUCUUCAAGGAACCCGUCCAGCAUAUAUUGACUCUUCCCACUCUGAUAGGAACCCGUCCACUAUUCACUGCCCAUUCCCUAUCCGUGAGAUUUCCUGUCCAGCAUUCACUGUCCCUUACCCCUCCCAUUCACUGUCCCUUACCCCUCCGUAAGGAACACGUCCAGCAUUCACUGUCUCUUCCUCUCUUCAAGGAACCCGUCCAGCAUAUAUUGACUCUUCCCACUCUGAUAGGAACCCGUCCACUAUUCACUGCCCAUUCCCUAUCCGUGAGAUUUCCUGUCCAGCAUUCACUGUCCCUUACCCCUCCCAUUCACUGUCCCUUACCCCUCCGUAAGGAACCCAUCCAGCAUUCACUGUCUCUUCCUCUCUUCAAGGAACCCGUCCAGCAUAUAUUGACUCUUCCCACUCUGAUAGGAACCCGUCCACUAUUCACUGCCCAUUCCCUAUCCGAACCCAUCCAGCAUUCACUGUCUCUUCCUCUCUUCAAGGAACCCGUCCAGCAUAUAUUGACUCUUCCCACUCUGAUAGGAACCCGUCCACUAUUCACUGCCCAUUCCCUAUCCAAAGAAGUUAGUAUCUCAGUCUUUUCAUAUCUAUCUAUCUAUCUAUCUAUCUAUCUAUCUAUCUAUCUAUCUAUUCAUAUCCAUCUACCUAUCUAUCUCAAAAUUGCUUCAUCUCUCUCUUCUUCUCUCGCUCUUUAUCUCUCUCUCUAUCUAUCUAUCUAUCUAUAUUCACAAUAUCUGAAUAAUCUUUAUUCUUUUCGUUACAACCGACAAAAUUACUUUCCGUUCGACACUCAUUUUCCUUAUAUCUCUGGGGACAGCGUGACAUUUCUUAGUUUUGUAUUAUCUUUGCUAGAAAUGUAA